AUGAGAGUUUUCAACAGCAGUGAUUUCAAACCCUUGCUGCUUUCCGGGUUCUCUGGCUUAGAAGCUUACCAUACUCAGAUUUCUAUCCUCUUCUGUGUUUUAUAUCUAAUUGACAUUAUGGGCAACAGCACCAUAAUGAUAGUAAUCUGGAUGGAACAAUCACUCCAUGCACCUAUGUACUUCUUUCUUUCCAUGCUGGCAAUCAGUGACCUGGGCCUCUGUGCCACCACAUUACCUACAAUACUCAGGCUUUUCUGGUUCAAUGCUCGUGAAAUAGACUUUGAUGCAUGCCUUGCCCAGAUGUAUUUUAUCCACAUCUUCUCCAUGAUGGAGUCAGGUAUUCUACUGUCUAUGGCUUUUGACCGCUAUGUAGCCAUAUCCAAUCCUCUCCGAUACACUGCCAUCCUGAACAGUUCUACCAUUAUGAAAAUGUCUGUAGGGUUUGUGUUGCGGGCCAUCAUUGUCCUCAUCCCAGCUCCUGUCCUCGUUAAGCAACUCAAAUUUUGUGAGGCCAAUGUGCUUUCCCAUUCCUACUGCCUACACCCAGAUAUUAUUAAGCUUUCCUGCUCUGACCAUCUUGUUAGCAGCUUCUUAGGACUCACUGUUAUUAUCAUAACAUUUGGAGUUGAUUCUGUGCUUAUCCUGCUCUCCUAUGUGAAGAUUCUGACCACAGUCCUGGGUAUUGCCUCCCCGGAAGAAAGAGUUAAGGCCCUUAACACCUGUGUUUCCCAUAUCUGUGCCGUGUUACUGGUUUACAUCCCCAUGUUGGGAGUGUCUAUAAUUCACCGCUUUGGAAAAUGUGUCCCACAUGUGGUUCAUAUUAUCAUGGGCUAUGUCUACUUGCUGUUGCCUCCUGUGCUCAAUCCCAUUGUCUACUGCAUCAAGGCCCGUGAAAUACAAAAAGCUAUGCUAAAAAAGAUAAUAUCUAAUACUAUACACUCUGUGCUAUAG